AUGAAUACGAAACGGCCGCGCGCCGUCCGUAACUUUGUACUCGUGAUCUCUCUCGCGAUAGCCUGGUUGCCGCACGCGGACCAUGCUGCUGGGACUGGCGGCGGUGGUAUGUUCGGGGACGUAAAUAUAUCAGCGAUUUUGGAUUCAUUGAGCGUAAGCUAUGACAAGCGAGUGAGACCUAACUAUGGAGGACCACCAGUGGAUGUGGGAGUCACCAUGUACGUGCUAUCCAUCAGCUCCUUAUCUGAAGUGAAAAUGGAUUUCACAUUGGAUUUCUACUUUAGACAAUUUUGGACGGAUCCGAGACUGGCAUAUAAAAAACGAGAUGGCGUUGAAACUCUUUCAGUUGGAUCGGAAUUUAUCCGAAAUAUAUGGGUGCCUGACACUUUCUUCGUUAACGAGAAGCAAUCAUAUUUUCAUAUCGCAACUACAAGCAACGAAUUUAUCCGUAUUCACCAUUCUGGAUCUAUCACACGAAGUAUUAGGUUAACUAUCACUGCUUCCUGCCCAAUGGACUUGCAAUAUUUUCCUAUGGAUCGCCAACUGUGCAAUAUCGAAAUCGAAAGCUUUGGCUACACCAUGCGGGACAUCCGAUAUAAGUGGAACGAGGGACCUAACUCUGUGGGUGUAUCGAGCGAGGUAUCUCUACCGCAGUUCAAAGUGCUCGGCCAUCGCCAGCGUGCCAUGGAAAUCUCACUAACAACAGGAAAUUACUCUCGUCUGGCAUGUGAAAUACAGUUCGUGCGAUCGAUGGGCUAUUAUCUUAUUCAGAUUUACAUCCCGUCUGGCCUGAUUGUAAUUAUAUCUUGGGUAUCGUUUUGGCUGAAUCGAAAUGCAACACCAGCUAGGGUCUCUCUGGGAGUCACCACUGUACUGACCAUGACUACACUUAUGUCUUCAACGAAUGCUGCUCUACCGAAAAUUUCGUACGUGAAGUCGAUUGAUGUUUACUUGGGCACCUGCUUUGUUAUGGUCUUCGCGAGUUUACUAGAAUAUGCGACUGUCGGCUACAUGGCGAAAAGAAUCCAAAUGCGCAAACAACGUUUCAAUGCUGUUCAAAAAAUGGCUGCUGAGAAAAAAAUUGUUAAUGUUGAAAGCGGACCUGGACCUUCUGUACCCGAGCCAUUACCUACACCACGAACAAGCACACAGACUAGACCUACACCACCAAGCCGAUCUUCGGUAUACUUCAUGACACAGGAAGUCCGGUUCAAAGUUCAAGAUGCCAGGGUGUACACUAGGACUGGCCUACUUGGGAGUAACACGACGCUCAAUGGAACACGAGGAGGACCCUCAUCGUCUAUGUCUGUACCCGUGCCGGUGCAUAUCCCAAUGCCUAGUAUCAACAAACUACUCGGCACCACACCAUCGGACAUCGACAAGUAUUCACGGAUCGUUUUCCCCGUUUGUUUCGUCUGCUUUAAUCUGAUGUAUUGGAUUAUAUACUUGCACGUAUCGGAUGUGGUGGCAGACGAUUUGGUACUACUCGGCGGGGAGAAUUAAAAACUGCACUGUGUAUUAUGCGACGAAACUGAUGAUAUCUACGUCAAGGAUGAACAACCAACGACCCACUACUCGUAUUUUGGCCAAGUGCUUUUUAUAAAUAUAUUUGAAUCUUGCUAUUUGCAAUGUUCCCUGCAUCUAAGAAUUAGGGAAAUAAAAACCAAAAAAAAACACUGAUGAAAAAAAGAUGUAAUCUUAUAAUACGUCAAUGUAUUUAAAGAGUAGUCAAUCUAAACUUAAAUUUAAAUAAUUGUGUGUUUCUGAGUCUGUUGUUUAAACUGUUCCAAAUUUGAUUGAAUCUUUACCUACGUAUGCAGAAUGCACGUGUAGUUAAUAUAUUUACUUUAGACUACUAUCUAGUUCACUAACUGUAAUAUCAUUCUUCAUUUUUAUUUAGUGUAAUUUAUUCAAGCGAAGACUUAUUUAGCCUAAAUAUAUGAUUAAAUUGUAAUUCUAACUUUACUGUAGAAAUUUAUAUAAUUAGGUAUUAGUUAUACCAAAGUAUUUAGAACAUUUCGAAAAAAAAAUACAACUUAUUAUCUCAUUUAAGCCCUAGAUAACUGACGAUUCUUAACGUCACUAUUUCACUUUGAGUGCUCAAAACUAUGAAUACUUAGGUGUAAUAAGGCUAGUUACAAUAAACCAUACUCCAUAUGACAGCAAUUAGUACCUUUAAUCCUAUAAAUACCGAUCAUGGUCGCUAUAGAAAUUCGCUGUCCGUCGGUAAGUAAUAAGGUAAUGACUCUUUACUGUCUAUUACCGUAUCAUUAAAUAUCUUUAAGAGUGAAUUGAUGAAUAUAUGGGUAAUUCGCCAUAAUAAUUGACUUGUACAUAAAUGUCUUGGUAGGUGUUUUUACAUUAGAAAAAGGUUACUCAUUUGAUAACAUGUGAGGGACAUAUAAGUAUUAAAAUUACUUAGCAAAAGAAAAAUAUAAAGUCAACAUUGUAACAAAAAUAUGUGCACUAAUUCAAAAAAAAAGCAAAAUAAGUAAUUUCAAAGCAAUAGAGAUUGUUACAUCUCCGUUAUGUAGAUAAAAUAUUCACACUCAAGUUAAAAAUUGUGUACAACACGAACGCCAUACUGGUCAAAAC